AUCGCCAUCUUUAAUAAAUUCUUACUGUGGAAUUUCAUCGUGUUUUAUUAUCUCAAAUCAAUUUGGUAUGUACAUAGUUAAUUAUCAAUUGUCAAGAGUUUUAAAACUUGCCAAAAAAGUGCCAUAGAAUGAUAAUAUCUUUCCAAAUUAUUCUUCUUUAACAUACUUCUAUUUAUAUUUAUAGCAUUUAAAAUAUCGACAUGGCUUGUGAAGCUUGUAACGUAAAAUUCAACUUCUUUACACGAAAGAAACAAUGUAUGGAUUGUUUGAGAUAUUUUUGUUCUGGAUGUGUGAUCAAAAGAUUAGACAAGAUAUUAAGUUGUGAGAGUUGCAAUAUGUUAUCGAGAAGACCUUUAAUACGAAGUCUAAUCAUACAAAUGCGUUCUAAAGAUAUACAACGAUAUUUAUUGGCAAAAAAAAUACCCAUCAAAGGAUGCAUUGAAAAAGAAGACUUAAUAAAAUUGUUAAUGGCAUUUGCUAAUAAUUCUAGUGAUUAUUGGAAUACAGAAGAUGCAGAAAACAUUAGAAGUAGAAACAUUGAUAAUUCUCCUCCUAAUCAAUCAAUAACUAGAAGCUAUGAACAUACUACACAACUUUUUAAUAAUGAUGAAAUCAAUGCUGCAAGAAUUGAUAAUAAUGAAAUAUCAGAAGGAAUUUCUCCUAUUAAUACUUAUUUGAAUAGAACAGAAUCUAUAAAUACAGAAGAAAAGAUUUCAAAAAUUUCUAAUAUUCAACAUUCUGAUUUAAUUGUAGAAAGUUCCAUGAAUCCUAUUAAAUUAUCUGAUAUAAAUACAUUAUCUGAAUUGGAAUGUUUAAGUGUAAAACAAUUAAAGAACUUGCUAAGUAUAAAUCGAGUUGAUUAUAAAGGUUGUGUAGAAAGAUAUGAAUUAUUGAAUAAAGCUUCCAGAUUAUGGGAAGAAUAUAAACAAUCAAAAACAAAAAUGGAAAUUUUGGAUGAAAAUCUUUGCAAAAUUUGUUGGAAUGAACCGCUUGAAUGUGUAAUUUUAGAAUGUGGUCAUAUGGCUUGUUGUCUAAAUUGUGGUAAACAAAUGUCAGAAUGUCCGAUAUGUAAACAAUAUGUAGUGCGUGUAGUGCGAUUUUUUAAAGCUUAACAACAAAAAACAACAAUAUAUGAUAUUAUGGAAUUAUAUGUUCAAUACAGAAAAUAAGAAAAAGGACAAAUAUUGUUCUGAUAUUUCAGAUUUAGAAAAAUAAUAGUUUUUUGGCGUAUUUUAUCGAUAUCGUAUAUUAUAGUAAUAAAAAUAAGAUACAAUCUUUUAUAUUAAUGUAUUAAUAUAAAUAAUAAUAAUUUUAUUUAAGAAUAUAAAUGAAAAUAAGAGGAUGCUAAUUAUUCGAAUAUUUAUUUUUUUAGGUAUUUCUAUGUAUCGUAAUCUCUUUAUUUGAGAUAUAUAAUAAAUAUUAAUAUAAAAUAUGUGUCCUUUUAUUUUCAUUUUUAAUUAAUUGAAAAUAAGUUGAUUGAAAUCAAUGACAAUUGUGACCUCUUUUUGUAAAUUCAAAUUUACUGAGUUGCUAAGUUGAAUUAAGCGCAUUAUUCAUUAUACAUAAUGUAAUAUAAUAUGUAUAUAAGUAAAAACAUUUAAAAUCUUAUAAAAUUAAAAACUUUUAAUUAUUCAAAGUUA